CUACUGCUGCUACUGCUGCUAAGGCUGCUAAGGCUGCUUCUGCUGCUACUAAGAAGAUCGACGACGAGCGACAUCUUCAAGAGGGCGACAAAGAUUUUCUCUUUGACACGUUCCCCGAGGAUUUCGUCUGGGCGGCAGCAACAGCGGCCUACCAGAUCGAAGGUGGUUAUGACGAGGAUGGGAAAGGCCCUAGUAUCUGGGACACGUUCACCAGCGAGUCUCGCAGAAUCAUCAAUGGAGAGGACGGAAAGGUUGCCUGUGAUAGUUACCACAGGUACAAGGAGGACGUGCAGCUACUCAAGGAACUGGGGGUCAGCCAUUAUCGGUUCUCUAUUUCCUGGCCACGUAUAUUGCCAGAUGGGACAACUAAAUUCAUCAACAAACCUGGUUUGGACUACUACAACAGGCUGAUCAACGAGCUGAAGAAAAACGGGAUCGAACCAAUGAUUACCCUCUACCACUGGGACCUGCCCCAAGCGCUAGAAGACAAGGGCGGUUGGCUAAAUGAGGAGAUUGUGGAGUACUUCAGAAACUACUCCGAUGUGGUCUUCAAAGAGUUUGCUCCGAAAGUGAAAUUGUGGAUUACAUUCAACGAGCCACUUGUGACAGCUUAUCAAGGAUAUGGCACUGACUUGUUCGCACCUGGAAGAUGGGGCCCUGGCACCAACACAUACACAGUGGCCUACAAUCAGAUUAGAGCCCACACGGCAGCCUAUCGCCUGUACGACAGUACCUACAGGAAACUAAGUCCAGGACAGAUCGGUAUCACACUUAGUGCUACCUAUGGUUUCCCUAAGAACAGUUCGGACCCAGCAGAUGUCGAGGCCACAGAACGAGGGAUCCAGUUCAACUUUGGGAUCUUCCUCAAUGCUGUUGUUGAAGGUGACUACCCAAGUGUUGUCAAAGCCAAAGUCCAAGAGAAGAGCCAGAAGCUUGGACUGCAGACGUCACGACUUCCAGCCUUCACCCCACAGGAAGUGGCACUCAACAAAGGCAGUGCAGAUUUUGUCGGUGUCAAUUAUUACUCGUCUGUUGUUGUUGCAUCAGCUGAAAAGCCCUAUGACCCUCCCGAUUUUCUCAACGAUAUGGACAUAGAGCAAAGCAUAGACCCCUCAUGGACAAGCUCGGGGUCGGAAUGGCUGUACAGUGUCCCACUGGGGUACCGAGGACUUCUCAACUGGAUCAAAGACAAAUACAACAACAUCCCCGUGUACCUCACAGAGAAUGGGGUUUCGGACAAAAACGGGACCCUGAGAGAUGCUCACAGAAUCACCUAUUAUCGUCAACAUCUCAAUCAAGUUCUGAAAGCCAUUAGACUGGACGGGUGUGAUGUUAGAGGCUACACCGCUUGGUCACUUAUGGACAACUUUGAAUGGGCCCAGGGCUACUCUGAGAAAUUCGGCCUCUACUCGGUGGACUUCACAAACCCCAACAGAACCAGAACCCCCAAGGCUUCGGCCGUCUAUUAUGCCAACGUCAUUCGAGACAACGGCUUCAAGAAAGGAUACAGUGGACGUGGUGGUCAGCCAACGGGUAUCGUCAAACUGGAGAACGACACCCGCAUCUUGUAUGACCAGUUCCCAGAAGGCUUCGCUUGGUCCACGGCAACUGCAGCCUACCAGGUGGAGGGCGGGUGGGACGCCGAUGGCAAAGGUCCAAGCAUCUGGGACACCUGGGCACACAAUAACAAGCUCGCUCAUGGAGAUACGGGAGAUGUUGCUUGUGACAGCUACCACAAAUACAAGGAAGAUGUUGCGUUAAUGCGGAAUUUGGGGACCACACAUUAUCGGUUCUCCAUCGCCUGGUCACGCAUCCUGCCAAAAGGAGAUAUAAAAACUGUCAACCAGAAGGGAAUCGAUUACUACAACAACCUUAUCGACGAGCUGCUUGCAAACGACAUCCAGCCAAUGGUGACGCUGUAUCACUGGGAUCUGCCGCAGGCUCUGGAAGACCGCGGAGGUUGGUUGAGUCGCGACAUCCAGGACUACUUUGUCGAGUACAGCAGACUUUGCUUCCAGAAAUUCGGUGACAGGGUCAAGUUGUGGAUAACCUUCAACGAACCACCAAUUGUCACCCUGAAUGGCUAUGGAGAUGGCGGCGCGGCGCCUGGACACAAGGAUCCGGCCAAGGGGCAGUACAUAGCUGCCCACAACCUGAUCCUGGCUCAUGCCAAGGCUUACAGGGUGUACGAGAAGGAGUUCAAACCUUUACAGAAAGGUCAGAUCGGGAUCUCUAUCAACCAGGGUUGGCCGGAACCCAGAGACCCACUGAACCCAGCUGAUGUUGCUGCUACAGAGCGUAGCAUCAAUUUCUAUGGUGCAUGGUUUAUUGACCCAAUGCUGAUCAACGGAGACUACCCUGAGGAGAUGAAAGAAAGGAUCGCAGCCAGAAGCAAGGCCCAAGGUUUGAAUGAGAGUCGACUACCUGCUUUCACCGAUGCCGAGAAACAGAUCGUUAAUGGUUCCUUGGAUUUUCUGGGAUCCAACAUCUAUGGGGCAUCAUGGGUUACUGAUGACCCACAGCCUCCAUCAAACCCGCCCACCUACGACAACGACAAGGAAAUAAAGGGAGGAUUUGAUGCCAGCUGGCUUGAAACUAGUUCCUAUUGGCUCAGAGUGAGCCCAUUCUCCAUCCGUAAAGUGAUGAACCUGUUCAAGUACCGCUACAACAACAUCCCUGUCUACGUCACUGAGAACGGUAUCAGUGACACCAACGGCACACUCUUGGACUGGCACCGCGUGCACUACUAUCGUCUGUAUAUCAACGAACUUCUGAAAGCUAUCAAGCUGGACGGUUGCAAUGUCAAAGGUUACACUGCCUGGUCUCUCUUGGACAACCUUGAGUGGGGGUCAGCCUACGAUCAAAAGUUUGGCCUCCAUUACGUCAACUUCAGCGACCCGGAACGUCCUCGAACUCCCAAGGCAUCUGCCCUGUGGUAUAAAACCUUGAUCGCUGAUGGAGGAUUCAAACCCGGCUACACACAGAAGGGAGGCUGGGGCACUGCUGUCCAGCUGACUGACCAGUUCCUCUAUGGCAAGUUCCCUGAAGGUUUUAGUUGGGGCCUGGCCACCGCUGCCUACCAGGUGGAGGGCGCCUGGAAUGAGGACGGCAAAGGUCCAAGUAUCUGGGACAACUUUACCCACAUCCCGGGUCACAUCGAGAACAACGAAACCGGAGAUGUUGCCUGCGACAGCUACCACAAGUUGGAUGAGGACAUUCAGCUGAUCCAGGACACGGGGAUGACCCACUACCGGUUCUCCAUCGCCUGGACGAGAGUCUUACCUAACGGAACUUUGCCCUCAAACAAGGCCGGCAUUGACUACUACAACAGGCUUCUAGACAAACUCAUCGAAAUAGGUGUGAAGCCAAUGGUGACCAUCUACCACUGGGAUCUGCCCCAAGGUCUUCAGGAUCUGGGCGGAUGGUACAACCCAGCCAUUGUCCAGUGGUACCGGGAUUUCGCAGAGCUCUGCUUCAGGGAAUUUGGCAGCAAGGUUAGCAAAUGGAUCACAUUCAACGAGCCAUGGGUGACCAGUGUCCUGGGACAUGGGGUAGGACAAGAUGCUCCAGGCUUGAAGGACAUCAAGGACGGUCCUUACCGUGUGGCUCACAACAUCCUUCUGGCACAUGCUGAGACCUAUCAUCUAUAUCAGGAGAAGUUCAAGGCUUCUCAAAAGGGCUGCAGACAGAGCGAUACAGUUCUUCAUUGGCUGGUUCGCACAUCCAUCUUCGUCAACGGCGACUAUCCUGAAGUCAUGAAGGAGUUCGUAGCUAAUGCCAGCGCUAGCGAGGGUCUGGCUACAUCCAGGCUGCCAGGGUUCACACCCCAGGAGAAGCAGCGCAUUAACGGCACGGCGGACUUCCUGGGUCUCAACCACUACACCAGUAAUGUCGCAUAUGACGGGCCCAGUGGCGAGGGUUACUAUGGCGAUCAGCGAGUGGUCACAUACAAGAACCCAGACUGGCUCGAGACUGGCUCUAGCUGGCUCAGAGUUAACCCUAUCGGUAUUCGCAAGAACUUGAACUUUGUCCGCAACCAUUACGGUGAUAUCCCAAUAUACAUCACUGAAAAUGGCGUCUCUGACCGGAACUCCUCAUUGGACGAUCCCUACCGGAUCAAUUACUACCAGGAUUACAUCAACAAUGUCUUGAAAGCUAUCGUCCUUGACAAGGUCAAUGUCAAAGGUUACACCGGCUGGUCUCUGAUGGACAAUUUUGAGUGGUCAAGAGGUUACGCAGAAAAGUAUGGCGUCUACUCUGUGGACUACAGCAGCCCGAACAGAACCAGGACGCCCAAGGCAUCGGCCAGAUAUCUUUAUGAGCUCUUCAAAGCCAACGGUUUCAUCCCUGGAACAUUCACCGAUCCUAAACGACCUUCCAGUCUUCCCUACCUCAACUCCACAUUUUACGGCCAGUUUCCCGCCAACUUCUCGUUUGGUGCCUCCGCUUCCGGAUACGAUGACCGGAUAGAAGGUAAGAACAACGACCGAGGCGCCAGUGUGUGGGACGCCAUCCUCGCCAACAUCACCAGACCCCUGAACCGACAGAUCAGCCCUCUAGAAGAGUUCGCCCAUGACGUCGAUGCCUUGAGGACAAUCAAGGCAGAGCACUAUACGUUUACCAUCACAUGGUCCCGUGUGCUGCCAACUGGCAAGGCUGGUGGAGUUCACCAACCCGGAAUCGACUUCUACAACGCCCUCUUUGACCAGCUGAUCGACGCCGGGAUCAGGCCUGUGGUGAUUCUACAUCAGUGGGAUUAUCCCAGUGUUCUUCAGGACGUCGGUGGCUGGGCUAAUGAGUCCAUGAUAGACGAGUACUUGUAUCUGGCUACAGUCUGUUUUGAGAACUUUGGACAAAAGGUGAAAGUAUGGGCAACAUUCAGUGAGCCGGAAAGAAUCCCUUUCAUCUUCCCAAACAAGGUCCGAGACAACCAGUAUCUGUUCAGUGUCUAUCGUAACGUUUUGCUGGCCCACGCUGCAGCAUACAGAAUCUAUGAACGCCACUUCGAGCCUACACAGAAAGGUGUCAUCGGAAUUGGACUGGCUCCCCUCCUGAGUGUGCCCCUAAACCCACACGACCCAGGACACGCAGCUUCAGCCUCCAAGUCUACAGACUACAGCUUCGGUCUGUUCGCUGACCCAAUUUUCCUCAACGGUGACUUCUCCGAUGAGGUCAAGAAGGUUGCUGGCUCGGCCUUGGUGCCUCUGUCUGAGCAGGAGAAGAUUCUCAUCAAAGGAAGUGCACAAUUAUUUGGCCUGGCCUACUACCAGAUAAGCCAGGUUGGCCGGAACGCCAGUGUCAAGUGCCUGAACACAUCCAAUCCCGCGGGGCUGAGGUUUACCCUGGGCCACAUCCGCCGUCGCUACAACAACACCCCAGUUGUUAUCACCGGAAAUGGUGUCUGGGGCAGCAAUCCGGACUUAGAGGAUUCGUUCAGGGUCCAGUUCAUCCAACAGCACCUGGACGAGCUUCUCAAAGCGAUCCGAAUCGACGGAAGUGACGUCAAGGGUUACACAUACCAUUCCCUGGUGGACAGUUUUGAAUGGAACUCUGGGUACAGCCGCAGAUACGGACUGGCUCUAGUGAACUUUCUCGACCCCAGGCGACCUCGUUACUUGAGACCUUCGGCUGAAGCUUACAACAAGAUUAUUACCAAUAAUGGGAUCCUCAGAGGUGCCUGA